AUGAGCAGCUCUUCAUCUACUAUUGCAGCUGUGGAGACUUCUGACAUUGGUGUUACCCACGUGGAAGCUGCUCAAACCUCCGCACUUGAUCCUCUCCAGGCUGGUCUAGAUCCUGCCCAGGCUGGAUUUGAGGUUGAUGAGGUCGACGAGGAACAAGAGCAUGCUCUCAUCCAGAAGAAGAUGAGAGAAGAGUUCUUUCGCAACGCGACUGCUGGUCCUGGAGACCGACAGUACCAUGCAGAGCCUUGUCGAACCUAUGUCUCCAUUGAUGGUGCUGCUAUUACGACCCCCGUCAAGGAGCGGGCAGCAAUUCUUACUGGUCCAAAGGGCACCGAGUCUCUUGACGCUAAGGUGCACCUUGUCUACCUCCCGUUCGACCAUAGUUACCUCUUGGUGACCUUUUCUGUCCUGCAUCGCCAAUUUGACAACCCUCAGGUCGCAGAGGUCAAGAUCUACUUGGCUGAGGUUGCUGUGGCUGAUGACAACACGCCCCUUUUCGAGCUGAGAAAGGCUGAGUCUCAAGCCGAGGCAUCUGAAAUGAUGUGCAAGUUCACCCCCAAUGUCAACGUCGGAGUUGAUUCCUGGUCGCGGAUCUAUACUCUGACUCUGACCGCCAAGCUCUAUCUGAACUAUCAGGAGCUCGUUCACCGAAAGCUCCGGCUUCCUGACGAUCAUGUCUUGCCCAAAAUUCUCGGCGCGAUGCUUCCCUACAAAGAUCCAUACAUGGCCGCUGAGUACUUCGAACACUCACCCAACCAGAGGGUGAUGUUCCUCGACCGGGUUCCCCGACUGUCGUCAGAGCCCGCGAUCAAAGACACUCGAACCCUCCCUGCUGUCUCUCAGUAUGUCGACAGCUGCCACCUCUUGGUGCGACAAAUGAUUGGAACAGUGUUCGACCAUGACAUCAGCACUGCAUACGAGAACGAUAUAGGCAGUAUCUCCUUGAAGGCGAUUGCACUCCCUUGCCAGCACGUCAUCAAAGAUCGUCGCUUCUUUCUUGUUGUCAACCCAGAAGGCAACGAGUCAAUCUUGCCCCGUGAUGGAGAGGCGUUUAAGGUUCAGAUUAUGGAUAUUGAGAUGAAGUCGCCAGAGGCUUCUUCCCAGGAUGUCGAGAAACUGGCCGAGGACUACCUAGAGGAUGUCAUCGUGCCUGCUCGCGCUGAGCCUGACCCGAAAGCCAGUAUCCUCCAGGGAUCAGGUCGCUUCUUUCAGGAUCUUACUGAAGGCGAGGCUACUGCACUCCUUCCUACAAAGGCGGAGAUGGCAGAUAAUUAUGCCUACCGUCAGCGCAUCAUUGUGUGGUGCCUAGAGAAUCGCGAGCGCCUCGUUUCGCUUCAGGAGGUUCCGAUUGACGAAGAAUAUAUGUGGUGGAAUUACGAGCGGAUCGACAUUCUAGCUCAGGGAAUUCCUGCGCACUAUCACAUCUAUCUCGUGGCCAUUCCUCUCCAGCCUCGCAACGAACUUGAAGAGCACGCAGACGACAUGGAGCGUGACCAGUUUACCGUCGAUAUCCCGUUUCUGGACCAGGGCAAGCUCGAAGAAGACCAAAAAUCGCUGUGCGACCUCGACUUUGCACACGGCCUGGAGAUCCGCAUCAGGAAAUGCCAGUCGGACAAGACUCUGCGUGCCGAGGCGAGCUCCGUCAACGCACUAAACUAUCCUAGGAUCGCCGAGAAGUCGGACUGCCCAGUGACAGAGCGUUCUAGCAAAGCCUACAAUUACCUCUUGAAUUUCCGCUGUCCCGAAGACAAGGAAGAGAUCGACAUCCUCGAGGAACUACCGGGCAUCCGCUCUGUGCUUGGCGAUACCUUCACAUCUCUGCCUCAACAGGUCCAGGCCGGCUGGGAGCGCCUUGAUCACCAUCAGAAAGAGGCCAUCAAGAAGGCUCCCAAUGCACCACAGCGCGUCCACAUUGUCCCAGGCGUGGCGGGAUGCGGCAAGACCAGGGUGGCCGAGAUGUGCAUGAUCUUCUCUCAUUUUGCCAAUCCGUCUAACUCCAAGAGUACCCAGGCGUUCAAGUCGCUGUACAUCGUCAACAACAACACGGCACUAGACAUGGCAGCACAUCGGUUCCAAGAGGCAUUUGACCAAAUGUACGAGUCUGGAGGCUUCAAGGGUCCUCGGCCCUCGGUGAUCCGUCUCUACGCAGUCGAUACCGAGGUCAGGGACAUGAAGCGUCGCUUCAGCAGUGCUAUUCCCGAACUCUUCGACUCUCAAGCCGCAGAGGAGGCCCUGAAGAAGACCACACCCAUAGAGGUCCACUUCCUUUCACAGCUGAGCCUGACCCGUAUGACUCGCGAUGCCCACCAGCUCCGCAUCUCGCGCUCGCGCAAAGCCAAGACCCUCUCCCUCCACGAGGCCGCCUUCAAGUUCUAUACCGAUCAUAAGGCUGAGUUUGGUGAGCUCAGCGAGACCAUGGACGAGCUCAAAGCUACUGAAGGCAAAGACCGUGAAGUCUGGAUUCGUUUCAAAGCCUUGGUCAAGGACCUGUACAAGCGCACUCUUAUGGAGCACAACGGUGUCAUCUGCACCACGGCUGUUGGAUGCUACAAUGGUCUGUUCCGCUCGACAUACAAACCCAAGCUUGUAAUUCUCGACGAGGCUGCCCGCAUGCGCGAGCUUACGACCCUGAUCCCCAUCGCCUGGUUCGCUCCGGCCCUCUGGCUCGUGCUUGGAGAUCCCUUCCAGCUUCUACCCUAUAUUACGGGCGAGAUGCAUCCUGAGGCUCAGAAUCCCAUGCUGCAUCAACUCCAGUUGUCGACCAUGACCCGGGCCGUCGAGUCUGGCAACAUUGACUCAUACCUCGUCAUCAACCACCGCGCCAAGGGCGGUCUACACACGUUGCCAUCUCAGCUCAUCUACAAUGACAACAUGACCGUCUCUGUCGAAGGCACUGCCGGCAUGUUCCCAGACUCUGUGAAGCAUUUUUGGGCCUUCAUCAAGACGCAUAUCAACCCAAUUCAGCCUCCUAACAAGCUCCGUGUCAUGCUCGAGUUCCCUGGCUCCAAAACCACCAAGCAAGGUGACUCAACCGUGAACCCUGCCUACGUUCAGCACGUUCUGGAGAAGAUCGUCAUUCCAGCUCUCAGGGACAAGAAGCUGACCCAGAUGGUGCCUCAUACCGACAAGCCUGCUCGCAUCCUCAUCUUGGCCCUGUACAAGGCGCAACUUUACUUCACACAGACUUCUUGGAUUAGGUUCACUGCUGAUUUGCAUCGAAUCUGCCUGGCACUGACUCGCAGCAUCCAGUAUGAGGUGGCGAUUAUGAACCGGGGAAUGUGGCUCGGAAAUUUCGACAAUCCGAAUCUCAACCCGCAGGCGACCAUUCUAUGCAGGAUUUUUAACAAGCUCAAAUCCGUCAACAUUCGAAUUAACUACUGCCCUGUCUGCCAGACCACACAGCAUACAGAGUUUGAUGCAGCUGGCUGCUGCACAUCCCCUGGAGCCAAGACUAACCUCUGCGAUUGCACUGGCGACCCUCACCCUGACCUGCUCUGCCCCACAAAGUCCCUCUGCUUGCACUGCGGCGAAGUCGGUCACGAUACAAAUCUUUGUGAGAAAGACCCGGCUUUCUGUGUUUACUGCCACAAAGAUCAUCUGCCCUCGAACUGCCACAAAGAGCCCUGCGCCCUGUGCAAGUCCAAAGCCCACUCAGCUCAAAACUGCGUCAUCUGCGUCCACUGCCGCGAGAAGCAUGAGGGCAAGUGCGAUGAGGCACAGUUGUACAAGGCACGUCGUUCAAUCUGCAGGGAGUGCGAGAUGCCCGGACACAUGGCCAGGAACUGCUCGAAGGAUGGUGAUACUAGAGACUGCUACAAGUGCGGCGAGACGGGACACAUUGCCUCUGACUGCCCUGUUGAGAAGCUCCCCAAGGCCUGCCGAGUCUGUGGCGAAGAGAACCACGUCGCUAGGGAUUGCCCACAGAACGAUUCUCGUCGCCGCCAGCUUAACUGCUUCGAAUGUGGUGCCACUGGUCACGUCAAGUCCCAGUGCCCCAACACCGACGAGAAGAAGGUCCAGUUCCUCCGCAACGAGGCCAUCUCUGCCCGUACUUUCACUGGAGAGCCCGUUGUUUUCGGCCUUACUGAAGAGCAACAGCACCUGACCAACUUGAUCCAGUCCAACUCUUCCACCAACGAGCAUACCGGCGACUUCGGCGGCGAUGCCUUACAGAGUGGAUGGGUCGCUGAGUCUGUCUCUGACAACGGCGACCAGGUUCCUGCCUCUUCGGGCGAGGAUGCCUCUGGAGAUUCUUCUGGAUUUGACUUUGAAGACUCCGAAUCCUACAAUGCCGCUCAGUGGUAG